ACGUAUAAUGUAAUGUGUUUAGAUUUUCACUAAUUGUCAACAUCAAUAACUUAUUUUUAUUUGUAAGUUUUUGUCCACGUGAACUAAGGUUACCUAUUUAACCGGCGGCUCGGUAAAUCUUUAUCAAAACGUACACAAAUCUUGUGACAGAAAUGUUUUCGACGCAAGCUUCAAAUAUGAUAUUAUGUUUGGCGCUGAUUUUUCAGACGCUGCUGUAUUGCGGGAAGUCAUGGCAGAUCAUCACUUCCCGUCCCGUGGAGGAUGUACUCAACGGGGUAGACGAAUCCCAAGCCCGCAUUUCAGACAAGACAAAGAAAUUGACCGCGCUGAGGGAUAGCAAGAUACGUGCCUGCUUCAUCAACGACUACGACCCGUUCUGGGAACUGGAGCAACAUGAGAGAGAAGAGUUUCUCAGAAUGGCAAGUAAAUGUUCGCCAAUUCAAAUCGAAAAGCUCAAAGCGAAGGCAGGCGAACAAAUUACUGAUUACUGCAAAAGGCGCCUCAACAUCAUCUGGUUGAACCAGUUAGACGAUUCCCCGCCGCCGGCCCUUGGCUCGCCCCGAAUUCCACAGCCAAGCCCACUGUGCGAGUAUACUGAGGACGACGACUCUUCCACCAAUCACCGAAAUCCUGUGCCUCCCGGGGCGUUGAACAACGGCUUCCUUGAACCACCUACACGACUUCCGCCAGGGCCAAUGGGUGAUCCGAGCCACCACACCAUCAAUACGGACAACGGCCCACCGCCGCUUGGGAACACAGAUGAUGGUUUGAUUCCCCCACCGCUGUCGAACAAUUUACCCCAGGCACAACUCGUUGCAGCGCCACGUCUCCUUGACAUUUCUCUGGAUCAUGGCCCUCCAUCCAUUAACACCGGCAAGGACGAAUUACUACCACCCCCAAAAGAAGUUAACACAGACCGUGAUGCUCCGCUAGAACGAAACGCGCUGGUUCCAAUAGUCUCUCAGGCACCUAAAACCGGCGAUAAACCAUUGCUUCUAGGAAAUCCCGAAGGACAGCUGCAGGGGACGCCGCGUCCGAUGCAGAUCCGAAUGCAGGAAACAGUUGAGGGUGUAGAAGGUCGCUAUUUUGUGCCGCAAAUCGGAAACACGGCAACCCCACCACCGCCACCGGAACUUCUGCGUCUGUUACUGAUGAACGGCGCGCAGAGAAACGCCGCCGCUCCACGAGUUGAACCUGGUUACCCGGUUCCGGAAGACCCUGACAUGCGCACGCCGCCCGCUCCAGCGGCGCUCAACAGGUCUUAAAAGUGCGGCGUUUCCACUCGCCGGUGUUUAGUACUGGCUGUCUUGUAAUGUUAUAUAAUCGCGGAUGCAAUGAGUAUAGUAUCCUUUUUGUUCUAUGCUGUGAGAAUACACUUAUGUUUUAUAUUGCGAACAGUCAGCUUGCAUGAUUACGAACAAUGAGCUUUUUUUUAAAUAAGCACCAUUAUUCAGUAUCUUACGCAAAAUUCAAGUUCAAUGCUACCAUGGCAUUCCUGUUUGACCAGCAGUUUACCUGAUUGAAAUUGUAUAUAAACUCAUUGUUUUGUGGUUAUUUUUUUGUUGCUUUAUAUUUUUCAAAGUAAAAGGACUUUGUUGAUUCGUUAUGUUCCUAUUUAUUCACAUCAAAUGUAUGACGUCAUAAUUGGAAUGUGUGUUUAACAAUAAAAUACAGUGUCUUUUAUUGUGUCUUACAUGUACUUGAAGUGUCCGCGUGUGAUGAUGAACGAAUAAUGGUUAAUUGUGUUGUAUUGUUGAUGUUGCUUUUUAUGUUAUUUUUGUUACAAAUGUUUAAUUUAAUUUAUUUAAUCAUCCGUAAUAAAGCAGAAGAGUUUUG